AGCAUCGAGCGGCGUGUGUAUCGGUGAGCAGGCGCGUGCUGGUUGGCUGGCGCGUAAGAAUAGAGCUAGUAAAUAGCUCGGCCGGCUCGAACGAUAUUACUAACCUAGCCCAACGGUGUUACGACACAAACCGAGUCGACCCUGACGCAAAAGUAGCAGCGCGCGCGCCUAGCCUAGCAGCCUGGCAGAGCUCGGUCGUUGACUGAUUAUUUUAUGCGCUCGAUGCAAGUGCGCUACACAACUCCUCGUUCGGGAUUCGAAGCCCGAUUCGAGUCGUUUCGAAUCACCGCUAAUCGACAUUCAAUUUUAACACGUAUCUGCGUGCAAAGAUGCAAAGUUUCUGAACUCGUUUUAAAUGUUAUCGAGUUUGUAGUAACGACUCGAUCGUUCGUGAAAAAUAUUCGUAUUCGUAAAGUUGGGGGAGGAGGAGAUAAUUUUUGCGGUAGAGAAAUAAAGUAAAAAACAAUGUAUCGAUACGAAAUUAUCGACACAAUUUUUUGCAACGUUUAAGAUAUAACGUGGAAACAAUGAUAUUCGCACGAAUGCGAAAGAGAUUGCUCGAGGAAAUUGCUCGGCGAUAAAAAUAGGAAUUGGCGAAAUUUUUAAGUUAAUUUGAACGUAUUUAAUCGAUCAUUUUACAAUUAUCACGCGAGUCAAGGUUAAACUAUCGAAGUUUUACACUUAUUAUUGUAUCGCUUUUAACAAUUAUCUUCAAGGAUCGAGGAAUAAUUUAACGUGUGUAACGUGUAUAUAUAUAUAUAUAUCGGGUUUAAAAAAUUCGAAAACAUCAGAAGUCAGAAAACAUUAGAAGUGGAAACAAGUUGAAGAAACACGAAACGAAAAAAAAAGAAUAUCAUGUUUCGAUACGUUAUCGUCUAUGUUCUCGUUGCUGUCGUCGUUUAUAUUAAUGCGGAGGUGAUCCCAUAUAUAGAAUGCGGACCGAAUGAAGAACCGUCUAUAUGUGGAGAAGGCCUGUGCCCACCAACUUGCUCUAAUCGUGGAAACGUGAAAUUAUGUCAGCAACGCAUAGGUGUAGGACCUGUUUGUCGGUGGGAAGAGACAGGAGGUUGUCGAUGCAUUAAGGGCACCGUUAGAAACGAAAAUAAUAAUUGUGUACCGCUUUCAGAAUGUCCUUCAACACCAUCCAAGCCUUGUCCUUUAGAAUGAAUAGACUUCGAUGUUAAUCUAUAUAUCAGAAAAGUAAAAAAUAACUAGAAGAUCCUUGUAUAUCUAUCAUUGUCCAAGUAGAAAAUAAGUCUUGUAUCGAAUAAACAGACUAUAAUUAGCAAUAAUA